AUGGCCUCGUCGAGGGAUGGCCUAUUCCAGGUCCUGGUCAUCAACCCCAAUACUUCCUCGCGUAUGACCGAUGCCCUAAGGCCUAUCCUGGCACGCCUGAACUACGCCGAUGUGCAUUUUGACUACUACACCGCACCCGAUCAUCCGGUGGAGGUGAAUGGAAGGACCUACGACCCUAUUCCCAGCAUCAACUCCGGCGAAGACUCGGCCAAGUCGGCGUGGCAUUGCCAUUCAACCCUGGGUCUGGUGGAGCAGUACGAUGCCUUCCUGGUGGCAUGCUAUUCGGCGCACCCGCUGGUCGGAAUGUUAAAGCAGAAGAUCAAGCAAUCAUCGGAAAAGAAAUACGUGACCGGCAUCUUCGAAGCCAGCAUCACAGCAUCCCUAUCCCUGAUCAGCGCGUUUGACUUCGACCACCCCGCAGAAUUGCACAAGUCCCAAAUCAAAGAGACAUUCGGCAUAAUCACCACGGGCAGUGCGUGGAAGGAUGAACUCAGUAAUGCCGUGACCGACAUGCUGGGAAGCAGUUCGUCAUCACGAUUUGCUGGCGUUGAAACGACGGGGUUGACAGCUAUUGAGUUGCACACGACGCCCGCCGACGAGGUACGACGCCGGAUCUGCGAUGCCACACAGCGACUGAUUCAAAACGCACCACAUCCGGUGCGGGCUAUUUGUUUGGGAUGUGCAGGUAUGGCGGGGAUGGAGGAAGCGGUGCGCGAGGGCUGUGUCAUGGCGUAUGGCGAGGAGGGCGGCCAGAUGGUGAGGAUCGUGGAUGGCGUCGUUGCCGGCGCGGGGACAUUGGUGACGGCGUGCAAGGCAGGAUUCUAG